GUCACCUUCCUCUAUCCCUCUCCGCCUACACGCUCAUGAGAAAUGGAGGUGAGGCUGGGUUCAUGAAUUGGCUUUGUCGGAAAUGCGCGCAAGCAUGCGACUCUCACGGCCUCGUUACCCAUGCAUGACAUGUCUCGGAGAAAGGCACCGGUUGUCAAGGAUGGAAUGGUCAGCAGCACAGCACCUUGCUCUGCAGCAAGCCACACGAGAUGUACAUGCAAUUAACAUGUAUUUGCCUUGCAUGGUCGACGAGAAUCUGCGACAAUGAGCCCUCCUUGUCCCUGGUCCGCGCACAACGAACCCCUCUACUUCGCUCCCCCUUACGGCAUCUGGGACAACGAACGCUUGCUCAACAUAUGGCAAGACAAGGAAUACGGCGAGAUCCGCCCUCAGCCAUUCUCCAACCCAUCGUCUGGCACCCCGACACAUCCCGCCUUCCUUUCCAAAAACCAACACGAAUCUUCUCCGCAAGAAGACGAAGUGCUCUCGGACUUCUCGGACAUCACCGAUGCCGACACCAUUAUUCUUCAGGAUGUGCCAGAGGCCGAGGCUUUGCCAAUAUCGGAUGAAGACUUUGUCAGCCGUGUCAAAGGCGCCCUUGAGCUGCAAGGCAAAUGCAAGACGUCAAACGUGGGUCGGCGUCAAGCUCGAAGGAUCCUGCAACUACUCCAACUGGCCCUCCCAGCCUCGCCAUCCGAAGCCCUCCAGCUCUCCAGCGACGAGGCCAGAGCGCAGGUGGACACUGGCCGAUUCGUCUCCACUCCCAUCAUCACGGAGAACGAGCAGUCUCUCCCUCUCCACACCGUUGCGCAAUUCCUCGACGAAUAUUACGACGACACAGCCACAGUCUCCAUUCAAGACCCCGCCAUUCGUCUGAGUCGCAAUAUUCCGUCCGUCCGCACCGUCACGGUCGCACAACUCAAGAAACGCUUUUGUGAGCCAGAUCCCAACGCCAACGCUCCUUGGAAUUGCCUCGAACUGGCCACCCACGUCGAUGAUGGCCUCCGACCCGCCUUCCUCAAUCACGAGGAGAGCCGCCUGCUCACAAAACUGAAGCUGCCCAAUACCAAAGACAGCGCCAGCCGCCGACACUACGAGCCCGGGUGGAAAGAAGUCGAGAAAUGGGCACUGCUCGCGCAAGCCGGAGCCCUUACCGAGCCACACCAAGACAGCCACGGCUACAACACUUACAUCACUGUCAAUCAAGGCAUCAUCGGCUUCGGAUGGCUCUCCAGCCCCACUCCGGAAGAACGAAGGGCCUGGUGCCGGAAUCCCAUGACCUUCGUCGGCGGUAAAUGGCGAUACAAGGUCUUGCGUCCCGGUCAGACCGUCUACUUCCCGUCGGGGACUGUGCAUUUCGUCUUCCGCCUCAAGGCUGCGGGCGACACUCUAGCGUUUGGAGGCCAUGUGUUACGCUGCUCGCAGAUCGUGCAUUGGGUUGAGACGAUGCUUGAGGAGAAGGCGGGAUCGGACAUCACGAAUGAGGAACUCACGGUCAGUGCGCUGGCGUACUUGGAGAGAGUGGAGAGGUUUGUGCGGCAGGCUUUGAAGACGGGCCAGGUGGAGAAAUGGGGCGGCGCAGCGUCGAUUCGGAGAUUCCUCGCAUUGAAACAGAAGUUUAUGAAGAUUUGUGAGGUCGUACAUCGUUCGUGAUGAGACACGACGUUGUAUCACUGGCUUAGACUCACAGACUUGCAAGCCCAGAUUCUCCACCGCUGUAGAUCAGAGAUAGGUUGAAGAUGGCC